AUGACGGUCCCAGGAGUGAUCAAGAUGGUUAAGGAUCCAAAAAAGCCAAGAGGGAAAAUGUCCUCAUAUGCAUACUUUGUGCAAACAUGCAGAGAGGAGCAUAAAAAGAAACAUCCAGAUGCCUCUGUCAACUUUUCAGAGUUCUCCAAGAAAUGCUCUGAGCGAUGGAAGACAAUGUCACCAAAAGAGAAAGGCAAAUUUGAAGAUCUGGCCAAACAAGACAAGGUGCGUUACGAAGGGGAAAUGAGGAAUUAUGAACCCCCCAAAGGACAGAAGAAGAAGCGAUUCAAGGACCCCAAUGCCCCGAAGAGACCACCGUCUGCAUUUUUUAUCUUUUGUGCAGACUUUCGCCCCAAGAUAAAAGGUGAUCACCCUGGACUUUCCAUUGGGGACACGGCAAAGAAGCUUGGAGAGAUGUGGAACAGAUUGUCUGGAGAAGAGAAGCAGCCAUAUGAGAAGAAGGCAGCCAAGCUGAAGGAGAAAUAUGACAAGGAUAUUGUGUCCUACCGCACAAAGGGUAAAGUGGAUUCAGCAUCAGCUGCUGCAGCUGAUGAUGAUGAUGAAGACGACGAAGAGGGAGAUGAGGAUGAUGAAGAUGAUGAUGAUGAGGAUGAUGAGUAG